AUGGCAUUGGAGGAAUGGGAUUCUGGCUCUGGCCCCGUCGAAUCUCUUGGACGCGCCGCUAGGAUCCGGUCUGCUUGUCUGGGCGCCGGCUCAGCCAGGGUCGACGAUGUGGCGCCGUCGAUUGCCGGAUCGCACUUGGCCGUCGCAUCGGGCAAAUCAGGCCAUCACAACGACUCGGGGAGAAAGCACUUUCGCCCGACUGGGCCGUGGCUUGAGCCCUCGGCACGUCCUAGUCGAUUGGACGAGAGCAGAAACAGCGCGACAAACGGUGCCCCGACAUUCUGCGGAUGGGCCCAAUCUUCAGCAGACAUGACGGGGCUUGUCGGCAAUGUCAUGGGGGGAUCGCGUGGCGCAAAGCUUUUCCACCCCAUGUCGCUGGCUGUAGCUCUCCCGCCGCCGCGCGGCAGCCGCGAGUAUCCGACCAAGCAGCCCGCCGCACAACUCAUCCACGACACGGCUCUGCAGGUCCCGUACGAUUCCGGCAUGGCGACUUUGCCCCCCCCCUUCCCCCUACGAGAAGCCACGAGGCAAAUGAAUGGCCGGUCCGGGCUCCUGUCAACGAGCCGCGGGAUUCUCGUCAUGCUGUCGGGCUGGCUGGGGGGCGUACAGAGUUUGCCAUGGCAGAGCGCAUACACGGUCGUCUGUUGCGCCUGCAGCGUCCGUGAUGCGUUCCCGUGGCUCUCCGAUGGUCGGGACGCGGAUGGUCGGGACGCGGGUGGUCGGGACGCGACGACUUGCGGGCUGGAGCGGAAACACCUGCCAUCUGCUGACCUGGCAUUCGGCCACUUGGCUGGACGCGAUGCUGGCCCUUGGUCAGAUUUGAGCCAGGCCAGACCAGACCAGACCACACCAGACGCGUCGCGUAAUGCGGGCGUGUCUGGCGAAGCUGGGGAACCCCGGACCGGACUGCGCUUCGCUUGGGGAACGGCUUGCCCCGGUCGACAACACGGGCAACGGGUUUACGGGUUUGAGGCAGACGAAUUUCCUCCGGGCCUCCCUGCGGCCCUCGCCGUGGGCAAAUGGCACAGCGACACGUCGAACGUUGGAGCGCAGGCAAUCCAGCAAGCUGCAUCUAAUGCCGGACAAGAUGUCAAGACUCAACCAAUCGACACCUGGUUGGCACAUGGGGGCCCUGAAAAGCUUCAAGCCCGCGCCGCGCCGCGCCGCCCCAUCAUGGCUCUGUGCUCCGACUUCCAUCUCGGUCCGACCUCGGACCACUUCGCCCACGAGGUUUUCUAA